GCUGAUCUUCGCUAAGCUCCGAGUUUAGGCGGCACCGGGCGUCCCACGAUGCCGAAGAAUAAGAAGCGGAACACUCCCCAUCGCGGUGGCAGUAGUGGCGGCAACUCAGGGGCAGCUGCAGCGACGGCGGCGACAGCAGGUGGCCAGCAUCGAAAUGUUCAACCUUUUAGUGAUGAGGAUGCAUCGAUUGAAACAAUGAGCCAUUGCAGUGGUUACAGUGAUCCUUCCAGUUUUGCUGAAGAUGGACCAGAAGUCCUCGAUGAGGAAGGAACUCAAGAAGACUUAGAGUAUAAGUUGAAGGGAUUCAUUGACCUGACCCUAGAUAAGAGUGCGAAGACAAGGCAGGCAGCUCUUGAAGGUAUUAAAAAUAUACUGGCUUCAAAGAUGCUUUAUGAAUUUAUUCUGGAAAGAAGAAUGACUUUAACUGAUAGCAUUGAACGCUGCCUGAAAAAAGGUAAAGGUGAUGAGCAGCGUGCAGCUGCAGCAUUAGCAUCUGUUCUCUGUAUUCAGUUGGGCCCUGGAAUUGAAAGUGAAGAGGUUUUAAAGACUCUUGGACCAAUCCUGAAGAAAAUAAUUUGUGAUGGAACAGCUAGUAUCCAGGCUAGGCAAACUUGUGCAACUUGCUUUGCUGUUUGCUGUUUUAUUGCCACAGAUGACAUUACUGAGCUGUAUUCAACUCUGCAGUGUUUGGAAAAUAUCUUCACCAAGUCCUAUCUCAAAGAGAACGACACUAAUGUUGUCUGCAGCACCCCUACUACAGCGCUUCAUAUCAGCUCACUUCUCGUGUGGACAUUAUUACUGACCAUAUGCCCAAUCAAUGAAGUGAAGAAAAAGCUUGAGGUGCAUUUCCAUAAACUUCCAAGCCUCCUCUCUUCUGAUGAUGUAAACAUGAGAAUAGCUGCUGGUGAAUCUCUGGCACUUCUGUUUGAAUUGGCCAGAGGAAUAGAGAGUGACUUUUUUUACGAAGACAUGGAGUCUUUGACUCAGAUGCUUAGGGCUUUGGCUACAGAUGGAACUAAGCACCGGGCCAAAGUGGACAAGAGAAAGCAGCGGUCGGUGUUCAGAGACAUCCUUAGGGCGGUAGAGGAACGGGAUUUUCCAACAGAAACUGUUAAAUUUGGUCCUGAACGCAUGUAUAUUGAUUGCUGGGUCAAAAAACAUACAUAUGACACCUUUAAGGAGGUUCUUGGAUCAGGGAUGCAGUACCACUUGCAGUCAAAUGAAUUCCUUCGCAAUGUUUUUGAACUUGGACCCCCAGUGAUGCUUGAUGCUGCAACACUUAAAACAAUGAAGAUUUCUCGUUUUGAAAGGCAUUUAUAUAAUUCUGCCGCCUUCAAAGCUCGAACAAAAGCCCGAAGCAAAUGUCGAGAUAAGAGAGCAGAUGUUGGAGAAUUCUUCUAGGCUUUUAGCAUUUGAAGACCACUUUCUAAUUUCCCUUUUUUUAAAAAAAAAAAAAAAAUAAUUUCUAAUGUAUUUAAACUCUAGAGACAGUUUUUUAUCUUGGGUCAAGAGAUAGCUUUUGUAGUAGGGGUUAUAUUAUAAUUUAAUGUGUAGUAUUGCAACUGGUGAGUUCUGGUUAUUGAAUAUUCUCUGUAUAUAUAAUCAGUAAACAUUAAUAAAGUGUUUGUAGUGUG